UUUUUUUUAAAAAAAGAGAAGAAAAAAAAAAGUAAAAGAUUAGAGAAACGAUUGCAUGACCAUUACACAUCGACAGAAACCUUCUGGCAGUACAUUAAGUGCUGUCACCAACGCAGAUGGAGGAGGAUCGGGAGUGGAUGACAAGGAACCACCUAAAUAUCAUUGUGAUGCCUGUUCCAAUGACGUGACGAAUACGGUUCGAAUUCGGUGUGCCGAUAAAGAUUGCCCUGACUUUGACUUGUGCGUGAGUUGCUUUUGUGGAGGAGCCGAACCUGUGAAGCACAAGACGUGGCACGACUAUCGUAUCGUCAAACCGCACAAUUUUCCGAUUUUCAGUGAAGAUUGGGAUGCCGAUGAAGAGCUCUUGUUAAUUGAAGCAGCAGAAAAGAUGGGCAUUGGUAAUUGGCAGGCGAUUGCUGAUUAUGUGGGUACAAAGGGACGUGGUGAAUGUGAACAACAUUAUCUGGAUGUGUAUGUGUCGAGUCCGCAUUGGCCUUUACCUCGUAUGCAUCUUCAGUUUGAGACAAGUGAAGAGCAAUGCCGUGACCGUAAGCGACAGAGAUUACAGCAAUCGCGUGGACUGGUGCCUCGUAAACCGGCGUCGUCCCAUCCCAACAAUGCGAAGCCCAUCACCAGUGGACCUGCCUUUCAUGAAAUCCAAGGCUAUAUGCCUCGACGAUUUGAAUUUGAAACCGAGUAUGAGAAUGAUGCCGAACAGUUUGUGAAGGAUAUGGUCUUCAAUGACGAUGAUACGCAGGAGGAGAUAGAUCUGAAGGUCAUGGUAUUAGACAUUUACAAUUCUCGACUGGAUCGUAGAAUGGAGCGAAAGAAUUUGAUAUUUGAGCGAAGGUGGCUCGAUUUCAAGCGCAUGCAAAUGAUGGACCGAAAACGACUGAAGGAAGAACGUGAGAUCUAUAACAAGACUCGCGUGUUCUGUAAAUUACAGACCGAAAGUGAUUACGAGACAUUUGUGAAGGGUCUGGUAAAGGAACAACAGUUGAGAGAUCGCAUCUCGACCUUACAAGAAUGGAGACAGGCCGGCCUAACUACCAUCAAACAGGGCGAACAGUACGAACGAGAGAAACAAAAUAGGUUGGCUCAAUUAAAGACAUUUGUUUCUCUCUCCAGUGAACGAUUGGGCGCCAGUGGUUCUGCUCAAAGAAAUACCUAUAGAUCUCAGAUGGCUUCACUCAUUCCAUCCAACGGCGCCAAUUAUUAUAGAGAUAGACCGACCCAAAUACACGCAUCCUCAUCAGCAGCUCCUGCAGCUACACCCAGCACAGCCGUCAUCACAGCAGCACCCGCUGGUGGCAGAAAGCCUGCAAAUCCACUGAAUAUCCGGGAUGCAGAUGGUGUACAUUUAUUAACCGAAGAAGAACAAAUAUUAUGCUCUACGUUGCGUAUCAUGCCUAGACCUUACUUGGUCAUUAAGGACACAAUAUUAAAGGAAUAUGCAAGACAAGGGUAUAUGAAACGAAGACAGGCAAGAUCUCUCAUUAAAAUCGAUGUGAAUAAGACGAGUAGGAUAUAUGACUUUUUUGUAGAAAGCGGUUGGAUAAAAUCAUUUAAAGAUCCAGCUUCAGCUUCAGCUUCAACAACAACAGUGGCUGUCACACCGCAACAACAGCAACCAACCGUAUCCACGCCAACACCGUUAACAACAGAAGCCAAAUAAUAAUAAAAAAAAAAAAAAAAAAAAA